UCAAGAUGGCAGUUUUGUGAUAUUGUAUUUGAUUCCCUUAUCGUUCAAAAUACCUGCACGGAAAUUCACGCGAGUAAUAUGCGUAAACAUUCUCCUAACAAACUUCACAUAAAUAUCGCCAUUUUUUGCCAUGGAUGUUGAAACAGAAAUAUCUUUCUUAAGUUCAUCGUCGUCGCAAAAUGGUUUCACCACCGCUUGCGCAAAACGGCAACGAACCGAGGAAAGAGAUGAACAUGACGAUCUCAACUUGUCACGCGAUGAUUUCCAUCGCCUAAACGAAAAUGGUUGCUUGUUUCAUAAGGGGACCAACAUCCACACAGAAUAUUGGACGUCAGCUUCGCCCUCUCGCAAAAAGUUUUUGCACAUCGGAGCAAAUGGUUUGGUUUAUGAGUCCGAAGAUUUUCUGCCCAAGGGAGAAACCUUGUACAAGCCCUUGCAGGAGGAUGUAAUCGUCAACACAAGAAAUAUCGAGCAGUUCACUUUUACGAAUGGUUCAUUUUUUAUUGGCGAUGAGUCGUCAAGGUUCAACAGGACAGUACAAGGCAUCUCUCUGAAUAUGUGGAGAUUUGAUAAUCAAGCAAAGAAGCUUUACAUUUCAAGAUCAUUUGUGUUUACACGUGUGCAGGAAGUACAGAACAUUAAAAGAUUUUUGGAAGCCAUGUAAACAGGAAUUCAAUAAUGUUGUUUAUUGGACAAGAACAAGAGAAAACAUUUAAUUAUGUUUAAAAGUUUUCUUGAAAAAGUUUAUUUUUGAGUGAAAAUCUGUAAAGCACCUCAGUUUUAUUUGAUAAUUUUUAAAGGGGUUUAUUUCAAAAAAUAGCAAAAGAUAACUCAUUUGAAUUAUUUUCCUUUAUGGUUAAAAAUGCAAAAAGAGUAUGAAAAAAGCUGAGCAAUUAAGUUACAGGCAAUUAAUUGAGGGAGAGAGUGUGAGAGAAAGAGAGAGACAUGGUGGAGCAGGGAGUAAAACAGACAGACAGAGAAACAGAUAGACGGACAAAGAGAUGAAAAGACAGACAUAUUAUGAAGGAUCUAGUCAUGAGAAAUUGAUUAUGAGAUUGACCAUAUAAAGUUAAAAUGCCUAACUCAUGCACUGCAGUUUCCCAUUUAUUAAAAUCCAUCAUAAUUAUGGUGUCACUUGGUAAAUAAUACUGCUGUAACACUUCUGCCACCUAAAUUGGCAGCAACCAAGUUCUAAUAGAAAACAAGGAGCUGGGGGGGGUACUCCCUUAUAAGGGAUUAAUGGGGACGUGCAGCCAGCCAGGGUAUAUUUUUCAAGAUUUUUGUCUUAAACAGGGUAUCGCAUUUAUCAUUUUUUGUCUUAAUCAGGGUAUCGAUUUAUCAA